AAUUGGUAUUCAUGGAACGAUUGAUUCAACAGUGGAAUAUUCAAGAUGCUUUGGAAAAAAAUAAUAUAGAAGAUGCACAAACUCUUUUAUCUCUAUUACCUUUAGACGCUUCACGUAUGCUGAGAAUCACACCAACUCAAACAAACGAACUUUAUAAUGCAGCCUCACAUGAACUAUAUUGUGCUAAACAACAAUAUACUAAUAUGCUCUCUCUUCAAGACUCUUAUGUGACUACACAAGAUCCACACAUUGAUGAUAUUGUUGGUAAAGGAAUACCUAUUGGAUCUAUCACUGAAGUUGUUGGCGAAAGUUCUUCUGGAAAAACUCAAUUAUGUCUUCAACUCUGUUUUACUGUACAACAACCUAUUCAUCUUGGUGGAUUAGGCAGUGAGGCAGUGUAUAUUCACAAUGAAGGAAAAUUCUCAUCUAAUCGAUGUCAUCAACUAGCGACAUGGUUUGGGAAACAAUACAACUUAUUACCGAGCAAGAUGACUGAAGCCAUACAUACCAUGUAUGUACCAACAACCGAGGCAUUUUUUCGUAGCAUUGCUUAUCAAUUACCUGUGUUAUUAGAAAGACAAAAAAAGAUUCGUUUGGUGGUGAUAGAUUCUCUUGGAUCAGCUUAUCGUGGAUGUGGUACGGAACAACAACGGAUGGAUCAAUUUGAUACUUUACAAGAAAUAUGUGAAUUAGGAUGGCGAUUGAAGAAAUUGGCUCAUGAAUAUCAAAUAGCUAUUGUGGUUGUCAAUCAAGUAUCUGAUAUUAUCAUAGAUGACAGGGAAAGAAAACAAAAUAGUGAUGGAUAUUUACCUUCAAGUAUGAAAGAUUGGUUGGAUAUUACCUUGGAAGGCGAUCAUAUGACCAGAAUAGGAAUGUUUAUUCAAUCAUUAGCAAAGAAACCUAUCUUGGGUAUGACUUGGUCUAACUCGGUGACAACAAGAAUUCGAAUGGCAAGGUCAUUGAUGAUGGAUGGUCAACCUACUAGAAGGGCUCUCUUGGUGGAAUUUUCUUCUUUGGUACCAAGGCGUGGAUGUGAAAUUACUAUAGAUGAACGAGGUAUUCGAUCAAAAAUAGAAUUAGAUCAUUUAGAACAAUAGUUUAUAUAUAAUAUUUCUUGAAUAAUAAUAAAAUACCCCUCCAUCAUAUUAUCAUUGUCAAUGCAAUAUUUAAACUUAGGAUCAUAUACUUAACUAAUAAUAAGAAAAAAAGAACCAUCUGCUCAUUUUAUUUCACA